GGCUGUAUAACUACGUCACCGCUGUAUUAAAGAUGGAGGCGCCCUUCUGCCCUCAGUGUUCCUGCAGCUCUAGCCCGGAGACAAACAGCGCCUGAGCCGCGGAACCGCCGCCCGGACCCGCGGGGAGCGGCUCUGCAGGUCCUGCUGGUUCUGUUGAGGGUUCGGGAUGUCUGUGAGGAGCGCCGCGCUCUGUUUAUACAGGCUGUACGUCUUUAAUCUCACCCCCUCAAGAACGAAGCUCUUCACCAGUUCCCUGAGCUCUCAGUGCAGGACUUUACACUGUCCUGCUCCUUUACUCUACAGCAGAAGCUCAGAUCCUCCUGAUCCUGCAUCUCCAGCCUCACCGUUCACCUCAGCAGGACAAACCGCAGGUAAAGAACCUCCUGCUUCAGAAGCUGCAGGUCCUGCAGGACUUCCAGAAGCUCCGACCUGCUGCUGCAUGAGCGGCUGCCAUAACUGCGUAUGGAUCGAAUACGCGGAGCAGCUGCUGAAAUAUUACCGAGACGGUGGAGAGAAAGCUCUCGCUGCCAUCGAGGAGAACGUUCAGGACGAGAACCUCAAGACAUAUCUAAAAAUGGAGAUCAGACUGCUGAAAAAAACUUAAUUCAUCCUGUUUAGCUCGUGCAGGAGGACAGGAAUGACUGGAAUGGUUGGAAUGAUGCACAGAACUUUUAAUUUUAGAGGUCAAAAUAUCUCAAAAAACGCUGGACUUUGUUUAUUUUAUUUUAUUUUUUUAUGAUAUUUUUACAUAUUUUUUAAUCUGUGACAGCCUAUGACCAUGUAGCUUUACCAAACAUUUUUUGGUAAAAACAAUGUUUUGGUAUAAAAUCCAUGACCACAUCCAGCCAUAUUUUUAGUACUAAAAUAAGUGAAAAACAUCUGCAGUGGAAUCUGCCAAAAACUGGUAUAUACAGCAGUGCUUAAAAGUUUGUGAACUCUUUAGAAUUUUCUAUAUUUCUGCAUAAAUUAGAUCUAAAACAUCUUCAGAUUUUCACACAAUUAUACAUGCUCAUUUAUUUAUUGAGGAAAAUUAUCCAAUAUUACAUAUUUUUGAGUGAGCUCUGUUUUCAGUAUUUGGUGUGACUUCCCUCCUUUACAGUAAUAACUGAACUAAAUGUUUCCAGUAUCUGUAGAUCAGUCCUGCAUCACUUCAGCUCCGCCCACAACAUUUACACUGCAUUAAGAUCAGGACUUUGACUUGGACCCGUUUCAAAACAUUAACUCUAUUCUUUGGUAGAGUGACUUGUGUGCUUAGGGUCAUUGUCCUGCUGCAUGACCCACCUUCUCUUGAUAUUCAGUUCAGGGACAGAUGUCCUGACAGUUUCCUUUAGAAUUAUCUGAUAUAAUUUAAUAAUCAGAAUUCAUUGUUCCAUCAAUAAAAGCAAACCAUAAUACUACCACCACCAUGUUUCACAGAUGGGGUAAAGUUCUUUUGCUGGAAUGUUGUGUUUUAAUUUCUUUGGACGUAGUGCUGUUUUGAUCUCAUUUGUCCACAAAAAAAUCUUAAAAUAGUCUUCUGGUUUGUUCAUGUGAUCUUUAGUAAACUGCAGAUAAGCCAAAAUUUUCUUUUUGGAGAACGAUUUUUUUUCCUUGCAAUUCUGCCAUAAACACCAUUAUACUUUAGUUCGGUGUUUCUCCUGAUGGUGAACUCAUGAACAUUAAACAUAUUAACCACUGAGAGUGAGGCCUUCAGUUGCUUAGAAGUUACACUGGAGUUCGUUGUGACCUUGCUGACUAUUACACUAUUACACUCCUUGCUCUUGGAGUGAUCUUUUUUUGGUCGAACACUCCUGGGGAGGAUGAUAAUGGUCUUUGAAUUGGUAUUGCCUCCAUUUGUACACUAAUCUGUCUGACUGUUGAUUGGUGGACGAGUCCAAACUCUUUACAGAUGGUUUUACUAUAUUUUCCAGCCUGAUGAACAUCAACACAUCUUUUUCUAAAUCUCCUUUAUUCGUGCCGUGAUACACAAAAUUCCACAAACGUGUGCUGUAAAGAUCAGACUUUAAUAGAUACCUGUUUUUUAAAUAAAAUUUAAAACAGGCUCCGCCCACUCACACCUGAUUGAUCAUCCCUUUUAAUUGACUCUAAUUUCACCUUUAAACUUGACUGUUAAUCCUAAAGGUUCACAUAUAUAUGUAUGCCACUCAAAAAUGUAUAAUAUUGGAUCUUUUCCUCAAUGCAUAAAUAAGCAUGUUUUUAUCUACUUUUAGGACUUUUAGUUUGAAAAUUUGAUUGAUGGAUUUGUUGUGCCAAAAGAAAACAAACAUUUAAUGAAAAAGAUGUUAAUGCCAACCUAAUAAAAUAUAUGUGUGUGUG